AUGCUCACAUUUUGUCCCGAAUGCGGAUCCGUUAUGCAAAUUGAAGAAGGCGAUCAAUGUAUGAGAUUCUCGUGUCCGGCUUGUCCCUAUGUUUGUCCGGUUACUGGUCCGUUGUCGAGUCGAAUUUAUCCGAAGCUCAAGGAUAUCGAUGAUGUUCUUGGUGGUCCGGGAGCGUGGGAGAAUGCACAAAUCACUGAUGAACGAUGUCCGAUUUGCUCGUGCGAUCGAGCCUACUUCAUGCAGCUCCAGACGAGGUCGGCUGAUGAGCCGAUGACGAUUUUCUACCGAUGCGCGAACAACGCGUGUGCUCAUCGAUGGAAAGAAUAG